AUGGCGAGUUUCUUGACCGUGUUUGAUGCACAAUUGGUCAAUCAACUCAAGCAGUUACAGGAACUACAGGAGAAGAAUUAUACGCAGAAACUCUUUCAGCCCACGUUCUGGCACCAACAGACGGAUUUUGAUGUCGCACGGGAGGUUUUCGUUGCGGCUGCUGCAUCGAUUGGACACACUGUGACCAAGUUUUCAUUAGUGUACAGCAAGACACCGAGUAAAGAGGAAGGUGCUAGUAUCUGUGAGGCACUGGCUAACCCGUGCGAGCAGUUGCUUGCUGCCACGAACGUUGCUCUCUUUUGUGGCACUGGACCAUCACUUGCGACGGAAAUUAUCAAUGAUGCAAUUCGUUUGAUCAAGAGCGUGCACGACCUUGCAAAAACGAUUGCAAUGGGUGACCUGACACAUGUACCGCAGUUAACUGGUCGUGUGUGGGAAUACUCAGCUGCUCGCGUCUCCAAGUCCAACUGCGUGGCGUCGAAACGCAGUAUGCUGCAGUGCAUUACGUUGCUAAACUCGACUGUUGACGAGCUUAAGGAGAUGCUUGCUGAGAAGGAGGAAGAUGAUAGCCAUGCAUCGGCAUUGGACGAGGUUGAGCAGGAUGAAGAAUUCGGGUUUGACUCGAGCUUGACGGAAGAGGAGCGCACUCUAUUUCAGAGUGGUCUCACGUUGCUUUCAAUGUGUGCUGCUAUCAUGAAACGCGGUGUGCUGACGAUUAAGAAGCUGACAAUUACAAAUGAUCAGGAUGUGUUUCUCAAGUGGACAGCCAGGCUAGACGUAAGCUACACGUUGGCACAGGACGCAAUCGUGGAUUUUGGUGCUGCGCUGUACCCGCCCAUUGGAAGUGACGAAUUGACCGAGGCUGUGAGCAAAUUGGAGACAUGUGGGGCGGCUAUUUUAGCGUGUUUGAAGGAGAUGCCCGAGCUGGCAGGUAGGGAAGAAAAUGCCCUGGAUGUCGGUGAGACUGCGUUUGCUAAGCAGGUCAUUACUGUAAAAAGCCAAAUAGAGGCCUUUCCGUAA